GUUUUCUCACGUUAGUUUUUACACGGAAGCUGUUGGGGUUUGCAAUCGGUGACGAUGCUUGGCGUUGCGGCUGCUAACCUCCUUCUGAUUGCUCUGUUUCCCUCGACCUUAUCCAUUGUAGAUUUCAGUCGUUGCUCAUUCGAAGCGGGCUUCUGUGGUUGGAAUCAGGCGUCUAGAGAGCCAAGCAUCCGAUGGCAGAUUGGCAGCAAUGUCGUUACUCGGGGCAGUCGUGGCGUGUCGGUAGAGGGAAGAGGCCAUUUUGUGUAUGCUGCCAGUUCCGGUCAGUUUCCGGCUAAUGGGCAUAUAUCCGGGCAACUUCCGGGAAGAGUUGUGUUGGAGAGCGGGUUGCUGGUGACGUCUGAUAAUGUGUGUGGUGUUAAGUUUUCGUUCUACAGAGAGGGUUAUGGUGGGCAGGAUGCUACCUUGUCUGUACAGCCUGUGAAAGGGCGACCAAACAUCAACGGGAAGGCACUUAAAGCUGUUGUGCUGCAUCACACGUUUGGUAGCUGGCAGCGGUUGUUCUUUCCCCUGCAUAUCGACUCGUCGUCUGUUGUGAAGUUUGAGAUGUUUAUAAAUUCGUUUUUUGGUGACUUGCUGGCAUUGGAUGACAUCCAGUUUAUAUCCUGCUCAGUUUGCUCAUUUGAAGACGGUGUUUGUGGAUGGCAUAACGUGAGGGCACGUUCUUGGCGAUCGCAGACACAGUGGACACGUCAUUUUGGUCCAACGUAUUCCCAUAAUACCGGACCAGAUGGUGACUACACGUUGCGCAGUCCGACUGGUCACUACCUGUACGUGCGAGCAAGAAGAAAUUAUCGUAAACUGGCAAUCACAGCCGGACGGGAUUUGAGUUAUAGUGACAACGUGUGUGGUGUGUCGUGGGCAUAUCACAUGUAUGGCAUGCGUUCUGGCUCAUUGACUGUUACCAUACAGACGGUUAGUGGUCGUGUUAUUAAUUCUUGGAAAAUCAAGGGAAACCAAGGAGACAAAUGGCGGCAAGCAGAGCUGACAACAGACUUUUGGAAUGAUCACAGAAAUCGUGUAGACAAAUUACGAGUUUAUAUUAAAGCCGUUAUUGGAGAUUACGAUACGAGUGAUGUUGCUGUGGAUGAUGUCGAGUACAUGCCGUGUGUAUCAACUCAGGAGUGUACGUUCGGACUCGAUUUUUGCUCGUGGAGAAAUUCAAGGCAAGCAACUCUGCAGUGGCAGCUAGAGUUGAACAAAACAGACGUCACACACAAUCAUCUGCUUGUCAAUGUUGAUGGACAAAACAAGGGAGGAGAAUUAGCAUGCUUAGUUGGAUCGUGGAUCAACUCGAGUGACAACAUAUGUUCCUUACGGAUUACAUACAAGCUAGAAGGUCAUUUUUCUGAGGGUGAGAUGGUUGUUAGAAGCCACCACCAGCACCAGUACACUAACCAUGAGAAUGUGACUAACCUGAUGAACAGUGAAAAUGAUGGAAUGUUAGUAGAGGAGAUUGCUCUUUACGACUUUCCACUUUUUGUUUCCAUUGAAGCGAGGAAGAAGGACGGAGCACAAGGCAACGCAAUUAUUGACUCUCUGCAAUACUUGACUUGUCACUAUAGCACGUUUGAGCAGAACACGAGUCUCAUAUGGCAUGAUGCUUCACCACUUGCAAGCAAUUUCCGGUGGAAUUUACAGACACAGUUGUCUCUAUCGGAUCACUUACAUUUCGGCCGUAAGUUUAUCACAACCAGUGGACCAGGAUUGGCGCGUCUUCAUUCCGACAUUCAUCGUGUGCAACAGGCCAUGUGUUCUAUUCGUUUCUGGUAUACAUCUCGUCAUUGCUAUAACAUUACAAUCAUUUCUCAUCAUUAUUCUACACCAGGAUAUCAUCACUUUCUAGCAGUUGCCGCUGAUGAGUGGGAAAGAGUGGAGGCAGUAAUUAUAGACCCAAGAUCACAACCUAGUGUGUCAGACGUCACUAUUGAAGCAUCACCUGUCGGGGAUGGUCAAAAUGCACAGUUAGGGAUCGAUAAUAUCGAACUGCUGUCAUGUCCUGACUUCGAAACAUGUACGUUUGAUAGAGAUUUUUGCACGUGGCAUGCAUCUGUGCACGACUCUCGUGAUGCUGUUUGGAUACGUUGGUAUGGUAACCCACCCCAGUAUACAUCACGUCUGAUAAACGAUCACACAAGACAUGCAGUAAACGGAUAUUAUCUCUAUGCUCGUGCAUCAGUCGGACGUAAUAAUAAUGAAAGCAUUGCUGUGCUUCGAAGUGUUCCCAUGUCACCCGGAAUGCAUAUAUGUGGCGUUCAACUGUGGUAUUUUGUUAUGAACGAUGAUUAUGUGUUAUCCACAUCAGCAAACUUGUCAGUACGUUUUGUGUCACAUUCUGGUGAUUCCUCAGUUUUGUUGCGUAGCACGACGCUGCCACAAUAUCCAAUAACUGAAUGGCAUUUACUGCAAGCCGAGCAUCACGUAGUGGAACAAGGUCAUUUUCAAGUGAUAGCCGAUAUAUCAGUGCAAAGCGAGAUGUCAAACCCUGUUGCUAUAGCAGUGGAUGAUGUCACAUAUAUGAAUUGUUUCCACACAAAUGCAGAUGUGAGCUCAACAAGUUUUCCAACUGUUGCAAGUGAAGUUACAUUCCAACGUGACAGUCUGGAUCUGAUGUGUCCUGAACUAUCCAACCAUCCGUCUGACUCAAAUCUCCCAACUUUGUCUUCACUCGUUCAUCACUAUGGUCAUUUAGAACCACAAAUUUCAUACAUGAAUUUAUCUCCUUCGUCAUUUCACACAGAAACGUUGGACACUUCAUUUUCAAAGCCAUCAGAGAGUCACAAGUCAGAAGCAACAUUGACACGUUUGGAGUCAACUGCUUUGUUGUUUGUAGGGAAUGUCAGUGAAACAUCAGGACUUGGUGAUGGGAAGGAUUUUCCUGUUGUAGCAGCAGUUGCUGGUGCAUGUUCUCUGCUGCUGGUUUUGGUUCUUUUGGUUGUUGUUCUGGUUGUGGCUAUUAGAAGGAAGAGUUACAGAGAAAUUAAGAGCACUGAGCCAACUAUGGAGCCAGUUUCACCAACUACUCCUAGCAUCUACGUCAAAGAGAUGACCGUCCAACCAACAAUAGAAAAUCUCUAUGCAGCCACCGAUCCCUCAGAGUCAGUGUAUGAAGACAUUGAUAAAGAAGCAAUCUAUGCGGUGCCACAACCAAGGCAUCUUCGGAAAAAACAGACUGAAAAUGGCGAGCAUGGCGCAAGUACAUCAGAAUCUGCCAGGUCACAACAACCAAUGCAGAGUGAAAACGUCUUGUAUGGUUCAACGUUGCCAAGUGGCACUUGGUCACUCUCCUCAUCCAGAACAGAAGACAACGUUCUCUAUCAGUCAUUUCAUGGCGAGUCAUGACGCAGGAUGCUCUCCCUUUUUCAAGAUGUACAUAAUGAUAUAAUCUACAUGUCCUGUUUACGCAUACUAUGUGACAAUCAGGUUUCUAGUUUACAUUCAUUCUGUAAGGUUUAGUGAGUUUUUUAGUUAUUUUCGAUUUUUUGAGACGCUAGACUAGAGUAAUGCGUAGAUGUAGACAUUAUUCUGUUACAUCAGUGCUUUGUACAGUGUAGUUUAAGUUUGAAGGCAAAGUUUUAGUGUUUGUUUGAGUCUGAGUGAAAUAUAAUGCUGUGCAGUGCCAACGGCAACUCA